ACUCGCCCAAUGACUGGGUUGGUUCGAACGAAGAGGUACCAUUGGAUUUUUUUCUGGUACCAAAGCAAGAACUCGGGAGACCAGCGUUGAUUUUGGUCUCCCUCUCACCCUCCCACAAAAUAGAAUCUCCAAGUUCCAAACGGAUAUACUACUAGCUAGUACCACACUCAUCAGCCCAGCUCAGCCAGCCAGCCGUCCAUCCAGCUACCCCAGCAAGAUAGAAGAUGAAUCACUCCAAUAACUCGAGCUACAAUAGCAAUGCCAUGUGCGACAGCAGCAUGAUGCACGAUUCUUCGUUUACCGAUGCGGAAGUGUUCAUGAUGUCGGAUUGUUUUGGAGGACGAACGUCAACAACAACAAGCCAACUACUAGGUGGAUACAAGCAAGGACACAUUCGACGACGAAUUCCCAUGGCCAUCCCAUCAUCUACCGGUACUUUGCCACAAAGAAGUUCUUCGUUGAACGAUUCCUACAGUCUCUUGAACACUUCCUUCAGUCUGUCAUCGUCGUCUUCUCGAUUGGAUGGUUCCACCAGACUCCACAGCAACAGCAUGUCACCCUACAGCAGCAGUAUGGAUCAUUCCUCCCAUUGGAACAGCAGCAGCAUCAACACGAGCAAUAAUAGUUCUCCUGUCAGAAAUUCCAGUCCUGGACUUCAUCCGUACCAAGUCCAAGCCAAUGUGGCGGUCAGUUCUCCCAGCCACUACGAAGGACGCAUCCAAUCCUCCUUCCAAUUGACAAACAACUUUGGGGGAGCCAGGGCAGCCUAAAGAUCCUUUUUCAGUACCGUACUUUCCCCAAAGUGAGGCAUCAAUCCACAAAACUCCCAAGGAAAACUAACUCAUACACUUUAUGGGGGGAUACAACCUACAUCCUUACAUGCAUACAUACAUACAUAUGACAAGAUAGAUGCACAUUUUCUUAUUUGCAGUUUCUAGUUCUACUUUUUCCAACUGAAACAACAAGUAUUGUAACUCUAGCUAGACUAUUAUUAUAACCACAUUCCAGCCACAACUCU